AUAUGUACUGAAAGUGAUAAGGACAAAAGGCAGAAAAAAACAAAGAGGAGGAAAAGAGAAAGAGAAAUGUCAGGAAACGGAAAUUUAGAUGGCGCGCCACCGUUGAUAGAGGUUGAUGAUGAUGGUGAAGAAGAAACAAAGGGAGGGUGGUGGGAGAAAGUGUUGGACGUGGAGGAGGCCAAGAGACAAGUCUUGUUUUCCUUGCCUAUGAUUCUCACCAAUCUUUUCUAUUACUUAAUCGCCUUGGUAUCCGUCAUGUUUGCUGGCCACCUUGGCGAGCUUGAGCUUGCCGGUGCCACUCUUGCGAACUCGUGGGCUAUUGUCACCGGCUUUGCUUUCAUGGUUGGUUUAAGUGGAGCUCUUGAGACGCUUUGUGGGCAGGGAUUUGGUGCAAAAUUAUACAGAAUGUUGGGGGUUUAUCUACAAGCCUCUUGCAUCAUAUCCUUCCUAUUCUCUAUACUAGUACCCAUCCUCUGGUUCUAUACAGAGCCCAUACUGAUCUUUCUUCAUCAAGAUACUGAGAUCGCAAAGAUAGCUGCUCUCUAUAUGAAAUUCCUCAUUCCCGGUCUAUUUGCAUAUGGCUUUCUGCAGAACAUCUUGAGAUUUCUUCAGACACAGUCUAUAGUUAUGCCCCCGGUUGUAUUGUCAUUGCUACCAUUGGUUAUUCAGACUGGGAUUGCAUAUGCUUUAGUACAUUGGACAAUUCUUGGUUUCAAGGGAGCUUCGUUGGCAGUUUCAAUUUCAUUAUGGCUGUCACUCCUUAUAAUGUCCGUGUAUGUCAUUUGCACAAAGAAACUUAAGCAUACAUGGGAAGGAUUUUCAUUCGAUUCAUUCCAUUACAUUUUCACCAACUUGAAACUAGCCCUGCCCUCUGCAGCAAUGGUAUGCGUACAGAUCAGCCAGGAGCCACAGGAGUAUGGUAUAAAACAUGAUCUCAUAUAUUUUACUAGUCUAUUUUUCAAAAUAUUUGCCAGUUUGGAGUACUGGGCUUUCGAGAUUCUGGUUUUCUUAGCAGGACUGAUGCAAAACGCAGAAACAACUACGUCGUUGAUCGCAAUGUGUGUGAACACAGAAACUAUUGCCUACAUGAUCACAUAUGGUCUUAGUGCCGCUGCAAGCACAAGGGUGUCAAAUGAGUUGGGAGCAGGCAACCCUAACAAGGCAAGGAGUGCCAUGGCUGUGACUCUCAAGCUCUCUGUCCUUCUUGCACUCACAGUUGUUCUGGCCCUUGGAUUUGGCCAUGACAUCUGGGCUGGAUUCUUCAGUGACAGCCCAACAAUUAUACGGGAAUUUGCUUCAAUGACACCCCUACUUGCAAUUUCGAUAAUUGUUGAUUCUGUUCAAGGUGUUUUAUCAGGGGUGGCCAGAGGAUGUGGUUGGCAGCACUUGGUUGUAUAUGUUAACUUGGCAACUUUCUACUUCAUUGGUGUACCAAUUGCAGCCUUCCUUGGUUUUAAGUCAAAACUUCAGGCGAAGGGUUUGUGGAUUGGCUUAAUCUGCGGGCUGUCCUGCCAAGCAGCCACCCUCUUGCUGGUAACACUGCGUUCAAAAUGGACAAAACUGGAUCUCCCCGAGAAUAGUAACAGAGAAAAUCCAGUUUCGGUAUAGUGACAACAGAAGACUACUACUUGAGCCCUUUUGCAGAUUUUUGGGGACAUUAUUAGCAUUCUAUAGACUAGAGAGACAAGUUUGAGCUUCUGAUAUCUCAGCUUCCAUCAAAUGCUGCACAUUUGGAUUUGCUCAAGAACUGUGGCAAGAAAAUUUGCAAGCUAUGAAGUAAAUUUCAGCAACUUUUACUGGUUGAUCCAAAUAUGGCUCAAAAUACAAAGAUUAGAAGAAUGUGAAUGUCCUUCCACAUAUUAAUCCGGAAAUGUGUUGGAAAAUAAAAGCAUUCCAAUUUUCCUUAGCUUGUUGACAUGUGCUACAGGGCCUGAAUAA